CCCCCCUACUGUGAUAUCUCCAUUGUUGCAUACUGCAUCUUCUUAUAAGAUCUAUUCUCAACUCAAAGAUUAUUCUAUACAUGAUACCAAUGCCUCAUAAGAGGUCGACUAUGUCUCGAUGACCGUCACACCAGAUGAUGUCGCAGCACUGGUACUGAAGCACUAUGAUGCUCUGCCUGCAAAAAGGAAACCAAAAGUCCGAGGUAAUGGACUGCGAGAAUGGGUGCCCCUGGCCGGUAUAGUGGCUCAAGGAAAGGAUGAUGAACUGUGGUGUAUAUCCAUAGCGACGGGCAUGAAAUGUCUUCCCUCUUCAAAGGUCGCACAAGCACAAGGCAAUUUGUUACAUGAUUGGCAUGCCGAGGUGCUGGCCAUAAGGGCCUUCAACCGCUUUGUGUUGGAAGAAUGCAAAUCCCUAGCUCAGGGGGAUUCGUCUAAAUUCUUGCGACGGCGGACUAGCGACGAAAUAAGCGAUUCUCAAAAAGGAGAACUAGGAGAAGAUAAAUUAUGGCCCGGACAGCCAUUCACAUGGAGAGAAGACGUCCUCCUCCACAUGUACUGCUCCGAAGCGCCCUGCGGCGACGCAAGCAUGGAGUUGAUAAUGGCCUCGCAAGAAGACGCCACGCCGUGGGAAUUACCACCUGAAGUCACACCUGACAGUCCUUCUACCACUUCCCCCUCCGCACCUCUACCCGGCCGCGCCUAUUUCUCCCACCUAGGCAUCGUCCGCCGCAAACCCGCGCGCCCAGAUGCCCCUGCCACACUCUCCAAAUCCUGCUCCGACAAGCUAGCCCUCCACCAACUAACAUCUCUCCUCUCCUCCAUAACUGCACUCCUAGUCUCUCCUAGCAACGCAUAUCUACAAACCCUAAUCCUACCUUCAUCCCGAUACAGCGCCACGGCCUGCCACCGCGCCUUCUCCUCGGCCGAGGGGGGCCGUAUGAACAGUCUAGCAUACCUGAACUCCUCGUCCGCCUCUACCUUCCAAGGGAAAGGGGGCUACGCAUUCCACCCCUUCACCGUCUCAACGACGACGGCCGAGUUCGCCUUCUCUCAGAAGCAGGUGAAGGAAAUAGCAGGGACGACGGGCGUGGCUCCCAGCAACUUAGCCCUAGCUUGGACGCUUUCAGGCCUUGAAGAAGCGACGCUGGGCGGCGUUUUGCAAGGGCGGAAGCAGUCCUCCGCCGAUUCGCGGGGAGCUAGCUUCGCCGCGAGGCGGAGGCUCUGGGGACUUGCUGUCGAGGUGAUUGAUUUAUUAUUGCUCCCAUUCUCGCCUUCAUCCUUACCCAUCAAACAAUCAGACGAAGGGGAGAUGGAAAUUGAUAGCUUGGUGAAAAUCGAGAUUCAAAAUGCGCUAGGCGCCAAGACAUACGGCGAGAUGAAGGACUCCGCAUUAUUAGAAGCUAGGAGGAGAGUUAAGGGGGAAGCUAAAGCAGAAGCGUUGAGAGGAUGGGUACGGAAUCUAGGGGAUGAAUCAUUCCACUUAUAGGGAUUUAGGUAGUCAAUCCGUCAUCUGAAGGCACAAAUCACCAAGGACGACAAGGCAACCCG